GCUUUGGCCGAGUAUGAGCGGCGUUUUCGCGUUUGUCGCUCGAGUUUCAUUCACGAAAACGACCUGUUCGAACAACCACCCCCUCGUGUGCCUGUCGGAGGAAGGGUUAAGGUGUGCUUGAGCCUCUUGUGUCGGGUUGAAGUCGGGUUAAACGCGAGAAAUCGAGAGGCAAGAAGGUCGAACCGCGGAUACAGGCGUGUCUCUUCCGUACGGUUGCUCGAUUUCACGUACUUCGACUGUCAGUAAGGGUACCUGCAAGAGGAUAAGGGGCAGCAGAGCCUGGAAUAGUUCAUUUUGGGUUAACGUACCACCGAUUGAUAUUUUUCUUUUCUUCCGUAAGAUCGCUGAUUGUUUUCUUCGAGUGGAAAGGAGAAAGAGAUGCUGUAGCGUGAACAUCGUGGUAGACGGGUCGUUAUUACGCGUGUAUGGUGGAUUAUGCGUGAUCGUAGAAACGAGGAAGUGAGGUAAAAGUGUUUUUUCGGGGCAAAAGCGGGCCGGCGAGCGAGGGGGCUCCGGGACUCGAGCAACAGGAAAAUAUCAGCUCGAUGCCGGAGGCGUCAGGGUCAGAAGUGGCCGAUGAGUCGGAUUAUUCGAUUUUCGAGAAUAAGACCGGCUUGGCCGAGGACAUGAAGUUUCUGGCUAGCAUGCCGGAACUAUGCGACGUGACCUUCCUCGUCGGUGAAACAAAAGAGCCCAUUUGCGCUGUGAAGGCUGUUUUAGCAGCCAGAAGUAGGGUGUUUCAAAAAAUGUUUUACCAAGCACCCAGUCCACAGCGUAAAAAGGAACCACCGCCGAAGGAAAACAAGAUCCGAUUGUUCCUGAAAAGAAGCUCGGAGCCGCUGCUGAAUCUGCAAAAUGCGGCGCAACAGCGGUCAGGGUUCGCGCAGCAGUUGGCUCCCAUACAAGAGCCGAAUCAACAUCACACCGUAAUCAUCGAGGAAUUCGAGCCCGACGUGUUUCGUCAACUGAUCGAAUACAUUCAUACCGGAUGUGUGACGUUACAACCUAGAACUUUAUUAGGAUUGAUGAAUGCCGCCGAUUAUUAUGGAUUAGAACAGCUGAGAAAAGCUUGCACUGGAUUCGUACAAUGUUGUAUAACAGUGGACACUGUGUGCGCUUUAUUGGCGUCGGCAGAACGAUACAUUCAGUACAAGUGUACGAAAUCCUUGGUCCAUAAGGUAUUCGAGUUCGUCGACGAACAUGGCAACGAAGUGUUGAAUUUAGGAUCCUUCACGCUGCUACCCCAACACGUAGUUCGCUUAAUCCUGGCGAGAGAAGAAUUACGAGCCGAUGAAUUCACCAAGUUUCAAGCGGCCUUGAUGUGGAGCAAGAAGUAUUGCGACAGCAAUCAAAGUCAAGAUCUGAAAGACGUGAUUGGCAAUUUCCUCGAGUACAUUCAGUUCCAUAAGAUCCCUACGAACGUGCUGAUGAGAGAAGUACAUCCUCUGAACUUGGUGCCUUCGAGGAUCAUAGUGAACGCGUUGGCCUAUCAGGCAGACCCAGCAAGCGUCGAUCCCGGACACCUGUCCCCCCACAGAGUAAAGCACCAGGACCGUAGCUUGUCGGUGCAGUCAUCUCUACAGGACCAAUUCGGCAGCAACACGUCGCUAAGCUCGACUGGGUCUGACGAGGGGUCCGACGAGAAGCAGCAUUCAGGUAAAUACGGCAUAGCAGAGCAGGAGAUAAGGGAGCACGAACGAUGGCCGAAGCAUCGCUCUUCCGAAGAGGAGGAUAUACAGCGGUUGAUCGAGCAACGGAGUCAGUAUCAAUCGAUGAGGCAAGAGGAUACGCUGCAACGACAGCACGAUGAACAGCUGAUCAGGAAGCAGGAGGAGGAGCUAAGGAGACAGGAGAUGCAGGAAGAGUUCGAGAGGAGGCAGAAAGAACUGCAGAAGAAGAAGAAGCAGGAGGAGGAGUUGAGAAAGCAAAAAGAGCAGGAGAAGCUGAAGAAACAGCAGGAACAGGAGGAGUCGAAGAAGCAGCAGGAACAGGAGGAGCCGAAGAAGCAGCAGGAACAGGAGGAGCCGAAGAAGCAGCAGGAACAGGAGGAGCCGAAGAAGCAGCAGGAACAGGAGGAGCCAAAGAAGCAGCAGGAACAAGAGGAGCCGAAGAAGCAACAGGAACAGAAGGAACUGAAGGGAGAACAGGAAGAAGGGUCGAAGAAGGCAGUAAAAGAAGUCGAUGUGACGAAGAAGCAAAGGGAGGAAGAGAUUAAUCGACAGAGUCUAGAAGAAAAGAAACAGGAGGAAGAAUUGAAGAAGCAGGAGGAAGUUAAAAAGGAGGAGGCUUCGAAGGAAGGAAAACAAGAAGCAGAUUUAGAGAAGAAGCAAGAAGAGGAUAAGGAGAAGAAGGAACAGCAGCUGGAAGUUCAGAAAGAAGAUGAAGAGAAACAGAAACAUCGAGAGGAUAAAGAAGAAUUAUUACAACAACCAGAAGAAUCACAGAGCAAAGAAAAGAUUGAAAAAGAAAACGAAUCGGAGGAACCAAGCCUAUCGAAUCAGGAAAAAUCACAGCAACAACUGGAAGAAGAGGAACGAAUAAGAAGGGAGCAGGAGUUACUAAAGCAGCAGAAGGAAAAGGAACAACGAAGAAUUCGCGAUGAAAGAAAACUGCAACUACAGUUGCAGGAACUGAAAACCCAAUGGGCAUCGGAGGAAUUAACAAUGUACAAGCAGGAAGAAGCCUUGCAACGACAGAUAGAGAACCGGAGAUACGAGGAGCAAUGGGAGAGUCGACAAUUCCAGCAGAUGCAGUUGUAUUUGGAAGGUCGGAAGCCCGAGGCGGAAAAGAAACCAGAAAAGCGGCAAACAACGGAACGAAAGAAGGCAGAAAAGAGGAAGGUCGAAAGAGUAGAGAUUAGGGUACACGGGGCGGAAUCCCCUAGACAGGAAGACCCUGCCGUGACUGGUUUCUACAUAAAGUUAGUGGUGAGGCAGGAAGGCAGGGCGAAUUUGGUUUGGUUGUUCAAAACGCACAAAUUUUAAAUGGUUCUCGUUUCUCGUUAUCCUCUACUCUGGUUUUAUACACUGUUGACAUUUUAUAUAACAAUUAACAAAUUAAUUUUCUCGCUGGAAGAGAAUUGUUUCAGAGUAUGACUAUUCCUAUUGUUUGAGUUGUCUCGCGAGAGAUUUCUAUAUAACGAAUCGUUGUGUUUUGCGAGGAACAUUCUUAGUACAUUAAUGUUUUUUAUCGUUGGAACCGUAUACAGGUAUUUAUGAUAAACGCGGAGACGUUCACUCAUGGUGGUUGUUAAUAAAACCGAAUCUCCAGCUACAGUCAGUCAGUAAAAAAUUCACUUCUGUAAAUGAUUGUAGACGAGGUACGUGCUCAUUAAAGUGAUUUAAUAGGUCAUACUAUACUACUACGAUAAUCAUACGAUUAUUUUAAGGAUACUCUUAAUUUGCGUAGUCUGUGGGUUGUAAUUGAACGCGAAGAGUUAUUUCGGUAACACACUGCUCAACAUGAUUAGAAAAUUGCGUACACGAAUCUAUUUAUUCCUAACGAAAUUUGAUUAUUUUCUAUGCUAAGUACACGGUAUCCUUUUACGUUUUCAGCGAUUGAUUUAUACGAAAAAAUUAUUCAAGAAACCGGCGAAGUAAUUCUCCGAUUGCUUCGAGCAGUAUAUCAGCAUCAAAACGCAAAAUGUUAUCGAUACUGAUUUUGAGAGUGUUAUUUUACAACUGACAUCUUAACGACUACUUAUAUACGAUAAUUUACACGCGUUGCCUGCCUGUGAAUUCCCAACCAUUUCUUCGAUCUAAUCAUUAUCAAUUAUAUGGUGUCACGCGACGGCGGAGAACACGACUUUCGUCGACAUCAAUCAAUUCUCGCUUUCCCAUUAAACCACUACUUCAUGAUACUAUACUUAUUGCUCCGUCGACUUUUCUACUAUUCUCGUAUUAUUAUUAUGGCGAUCUACUAUCGCAGAUCGAAAAGGUCUACCCAAUUUUUUACCAAGCAUCUCGAACAUUCAUUCGAUCACUGCACGAAGAAGAGGAAGUAGAAGAUCUGUAUCGUUUAUUAUGAAAGAUAUUUUAACGUUCGUACGAAAUGAAAAAUAAAGUAUGCACAACCAGCAAAUGAGCAGCUAAUGAGAGAAUUAAGAAGUAUCUAUGUAGACGUUAUUGUUGAACUCUUUUACAAGGAAAAGACUACAAAUUAUAUACAUAUACAUAUAUAUAUAAACACAAGAGAAUAUAUAUACACGAUAUCUAUAUUUGACACUAUAUUAAAAAAAAAAAAAAACAAUUGAUAUCGCUUAUGGGCGAGGUGUUCGAGAGCUGUGGUCGACGAUUUGACAAUGAUAAAUAAUUUCAUAAAUUGUUACUAGAAUCUUACAAUUAGUUCUAUGCUUCGGACUUUUAAAAUGAAUGUUUGAAAUGUGAAGAUGAACGUUUCUAAAAAUGAAUCUUGACAAUGAUGUACCUUCGAACGAAAAUCGACGUUGUUUCGAUGAAAAUUGUCGAUUUUUAUUUGCCACGAUCUCUUAUUUUUCUACUUCAACGUUUUCAUACGACUUACUUACUUACUUACUGUACCCUGAAUAAUAUAAUUUCGCUCGCAUGGAAAUGUAAUUCUGCUGUUACAUUACAGCCGCUUUUUAUCACGAUUACGAUUGACAAUGAUAAAAGUGCAGUACGGUUAACAUACGACAAUUUUACACGGGUGUGAAGCUGUAUAAUCGUGCUGCUGACUCGCAUCCACUUGCGUGCUUGCAACGAAAAAUUGUUUAUGAAACUGUGAAUACACAAAGUAGUAGUAAGUAAUGUUUAACGUGCAACAGGAGGAAAAGUGUUUUCGACGGUAAAUUCGAAUCGUUCAAUUCGGCUAAAUAUUUAUAACGCGCUUUUAAUCUCGAAAGCAUUGCUGAUUCGAUACUUUCUAUUCCAUUACCACGCUGACAUAACUUUUCAUAUUUCAUACAACGAUCAGUGAUUCUACUUUUCUUCGGUUCUCGAAAUUCUUUAUAAUUUCGAUUAUAGAAAGUAGUAAUAAGUAAUACGAUAGAAUAACAAAUUUCCAAUUGAAUUUGCCAAAAAUUUGUCAGAGCGACAAACAGCGCUACGAUAAAGCGGAUAAUUCGAUUUCUUGCUGUCAACAUUCUUCUUCCUAACUGCCGCACCUAAGCUAAUUGUUUAAGCAGCGGAAACGAAGCGGACUAUCAUCUAUUAAACGUUGUUGAUCGAUGUAAUACUCAGCAUUGGUACAAAGCAGAACGACGGAUCACUUGAUUCGCCAAACGCUAAACCCUUCGUUCAUGCAGACGGAAAAUGGAACUAUUUAAAUCUCGACGUAAGUUGAUUUAUAUGAUAUAAAAAUUUACGCCGAGUUAGUUGCUACCAACUCGUGAAACGAUGCGCAAUUUGUUCGUAUAUCGAAUCAAAGAAACAAAUGUACCUAUGUAAAUUAUAUAAUAUUGUGAUUAUCAUUCGUAUUCUCUAUACUAUCGCGAAAUUUCUUCGAAUGAGUAAUUUAUUAAUUAUUGUAUCAUUUUCCAAGAGUUUCUCAGAAUUGAAACUUUCUAUCGCAAGUUAAUUUAUCGCGAAUUAAUAUCAUCCAAGAUUCCUUCAUCUUACUAUUUGUGUAUUUGAACAGUGGCAAAAGAAUCGUUCGAUGCUUCAACAAUUCUUUGUUAUUUAGAUUUAUAACAACAGUAUUAGAAUACCUCGUAUCGAUGAUACAAGAUCAUUCGAAGAGGAUUUUGACGAUAGCCUCACACUGUAUGUAUCGUGUACAGUUUGCUGGAACGAUUCGACACGAGCGCGAUAAUCAUGCUUAAAAUGAUCAUUGAAAAGAUACGAAACAAAACGAGGAUCUUAUGUUAACUAUAAUAAAAGAUCUGAUUGUUGAUCUGUGUGAAAACUUCACGCAAUUUCCUGCAACCACUAGAACGCAACGAUCGAACGAAGACGAAUUUUAAGUUCAGUCAUCGAAGAGGAAGUCUACUACUAAAAAUAUAAUGAUUUCAAGAAACUUGAAACCUCGCAAGCACUACCUUUUCGUUUAAUACUUCAAACUAUUUGGAAUGGAAGAACAACAUGGCUGAAGCAUCGUUGUGAUCAUGAGCUUUCCACGAAUCUUUCUCAUAAUCGUGUCAGACAGUCGUGUAUCAUAAUAUCGCAUAAUUAUUGAACAAAUCUACAGAAAUAAGGAGAAGGAAAAUACUGCAUCGUUUUCGUCGUUCUCCUUUCGUACAGCGUUGACAAUACUUUAAUCGUACGACACAUAUGUUCCCUAUCUCAGGCUAAACGUAAAAUGAUACAAGUACAUAUAUAGAAUUAUAAUAAAAUAAUAGAAAAUCGUAAUCUGUAAGUGUACUACUGCUUUGCCCAAAAAGGUUGUGAUUCACUGGGUUUUGUUUCACUAAGGAAACAUUUUCACGAGUAAGUAACAUUUUCUCCAUUCACAUACUUGUAAUUAAUUAAAUAUUAGUUAUUUUCUUUGUAUCGAUACGAUUACUACAUCGUUCUAAAUUAUUUAAUCCUCCACUCAAAUUAUUCUGUACAUCCUAAAAUAAUUCAUACACACUUCGUUCGAGAUUGAUUCCACGAUUAACUUCUCCCCAAUUUACAUCAUUAUUUUAUUCAUUUUCCUACGAAAAACUUGUCUUUAUCUCUACAGUCUUUCGAUAACAGCAGAAUUCGAAAAGCGAGGCAAGAAAAUCGACGUCACACCUUUCUCGACAACAAACAUUAAUUCAGCGAACGAUGAAAUUGAUUUUUCAACAGAAAGUAUUCGACAAAUUAUCAAACACACUUUGUGUAAAUCACAAGAAUGACAAACACACUGAAACAAGAGAAAAGAUCGACAAACGUAUAAAAUAUUGUUGUUUAUUCGACACGAUGAAAUCUUAUUUCUGCCAAUAGCUGUAAGAAGAAAACUGUUCGAUAGAACUGUACAAAGCUCAGUGGUAUUUCAAUGAUGAACAGGUGUGGAGGAAAUUGCACGUUGUCGAUGAUAAUCGUAUAAAAAAGGAGAACAACGGAACCGGGCAUCAAACCGUGAAGCUAAAUCGCAGCCGUCACUGUCGGAGAAUUGUAUUUUAUUAUCGUCACGUUGUACGCGGCUCAGUUGCAUAAGUGUCAAGAGUAUAUUUAUGAAUGUGGUGUAGUCUACUUAAUCUGUGUAUCGUUGUCUGUCCGUGCGCAUCGUUACUUCUGCUGUUUUGUACGUAAGGUGUGCGUAAAAAAAUAACAAAAAAUUAAUUAAUAAACAAUGAUAUGUCGUUGAGUAGCCUAAGGGCGUUAACUACCCGUUACAGUGUUACCAUCGAUCCCACCGAGAUUCAGUCGAUCCGAUCCAGACAACUAUCUUCUCAAUUUUUCUUUCGAUUGUUUCGUCAAAAUUUUUAUCUAAAUAAUCCAUUAUUUUUUGACGUGCGAGGAGGAUCUGAAUUUUUCUACAGGGUAAAUUAUAAUUACAUUUAUAACAAUUUUCAAGCAACUUUUGUCAAAUUUUCUUUCCAUUCUUACAACUUUCUGCUGUAUUCUUGUUAUAAGCGAAGAAACGUUGCGAUUCGAUCGAUGAGUUUAACGGUGAUCGGUGCAAUUCUAUCUAAAGUUCGAUCUCUAUCAUGUUGUGAUAUUCUGUAGCCAAAUGAGUUGAAAUAAAGGGAGAAGAGCGUGAUGUCAAGGAAUAA